AAAGAGAUCCACAUCCACAGCUUAGAGUCUCCUUCUAGCGGGCAAACUUUCAUCCGAGUUAACAUAAAAACACAAAAAAGAAAGAGAAAAAAAAAAAAAGGAACAACAAAAAAGCACAAACGGAAGUCAGUCCCGCAAAGUAUCUGUGACUAUAGGAGUCGAUUCCGUCUGUCUUCUCGCACUCUGUGGGACGAUAAGACAUCGCCGGUCUUUCCUCUCGAUCCCUUCUCUUAGGGACGUCGUUCAUCCGUCCUCCUGUGUACGUGAGUGUAAUGCUAUUCGGUCGUGAUUCAUUUCUGCUGGCGUAAUUGAAACGACAAAAAUAGGCGAAAGGCUAAACGCAAACGAAAAAGUGCAACCGAAAAACAUGGCGGUCUGUUCGCUAUUCAAGUGUCCCGUGAUCUUCCUGCUGUUAAUCGCCAGUUCUCUACUCAACGUCGCUUUAACGGAUGAGCCAACGUUUACUCAAUGCCGAGUACACAUCGAAGCGGCCAUCAAAGGCAUCGGACCUGACGGCCAACCGGAACCAGCAAGCCUUUUGGAAGAGCAUCCUGUCGAAGAGCAACUAACUGAAUCUAUUGCCAACCAAGAAGAAGAAUACCACGAAGCGCCCCCUCAAGAGCAAAUAGCGGAGGAGCCUGUUCCUGAAAUCAUUGAAGCAGAGGAACACGACGAUAAGGGCCAAGAGGACGGUGACCAAGACGAGAAAGAAGAGACGAAUGACACAGAUGACGCUUCUGAGGAAGACCAAGUGGAAGACAAUGACGACGAUCUGGGUCAGGAAGAGGAAUCCCACCCAGAAGAAGCUCUCCCAGUCGAAGAACCUGAACCAGCGUACGAAGAAGAAGUGGUGGCUGAAUAUGUACCAGAAGAACUAUCAGAGCCCGAAGUCCAAGAAGAAGAGCCCGUAGUGGAAGAACCACUUCCUGAGGAGCCUAUCCCAGAACCUGAGCUCGAACCUGAGCUCGAACCUGAGCCUGAGCCUGAGCCCGAACCGGUGCCUGAACCUGAGCCAGUCCCAGUGGUCGUCGAGGAACCCGAGCCAGAACCCCAACCCGAGCCAGUAGUUGUAACUGAGGAACCCGUACCAGUCCCGGAACCAGAGGUACCUGCCGUCGUAGAACCUCAAACAGUUGAAGCCGCUGCUCCCGUAGAGGCAGCCGCUGUUCCCGAAGUCGCAAAGGUGAUUGUCGAUGACCCAGCCGAAGGAACCAUCGAAGAAGCUCCGGAAGUGAGGCGAUCCAGGGACCACAUCGCUGAAAUUUUACGUCUUGGAGAAGAGCCCGAAAACAAAAUGAUACGUGACGGCAUCGUUCUUAACGUCCUCAAGGAUGUCAAAAAACUUGUCGAAAAUUCUGUUCGAUCUCUCGAAAAUAUUUUCAAGUAUAACGACGUCUCCAACCGCAACUUUGGAGAUUCCGAAAUCUUCUCCAAACCCCUGGUGCUCUUUUUGGGUCCAUGGAGUGGUGGAAAAUCCUCCAUCGUCAACUACCUUCUCGGUACCGAAUACACGCAGAACGCUCUGAAGACAGGUGCCGAACCGUCCGCCACCUUCUUCCAGAUCCUUAUGCACGGUGAGACUGAGGAAAUGUUGGACGGCACCCAAUUGGCUGCCGACUGGACCUUCUCUGGUCUCCAGAAAUUUGGCCAAGCUUUCAUCGAUCGACUACGUGGCAAGCGUUUGCCCAACAAGCUUCUCGAAAAGGCCAACAUCGUUGAAGUGCCCGGCAUUCUGGAGGUGCGCAAGCAAGUGGACCGUCCUUACCCAUUCAACGACGUCGUCCAAUGGUUUAUCGACCGAGCCGACAUCAUUUUUGUCGUAUACGAUCCUACUAAGCUGGAUACAGGAAUUGAACACGAAGCUCUCUUCGAUCAGCUCAAGGGACGUCAAAAUCAAGUCCGCGUGCUGUUGAACAAGGCCGACUCCGUAACGCAAGAAGAGCUUUUGCUCAUCCAGAACAACUUGGUGUGGAACUUGUCGCCAUUGAUGGCCAGCUCACUACCUCCCACUCUCUACGCCGGUUCAUUCUGGUCCAAAGCUUACAAACCCGAUGCUCCGGUCCGACUUCUUCGCUCACACGAGAACCAAAUGCUGCAAGACCUUCGCGACACGCUCGACAACGUGGUAGAAAACACUAUCGCCGAAGCCCGCCGCCACGCUGUUCGAGUCAGGAAUCACGCCAAGAUGGUCGAUUGCUAUCUGACAACUUUCUUGAACCAGAAAGGUUUCUUUGGAAACAAAAAGGCUGUCGCAGACGAUAUCAUCGAGAACCCUCACAACUACCACAUCUUCGAAGGACUGAGCACUUUAAGCAACAUCUCACGCUACGACCUUCCCGACGCUGAAGUCUACAAAGACUUUUUCCGCCUUCACCCACUCUACGAUUUCAAGCCGCUCGCAUCAACUUGCACCUUCUUCCGCGGCUGCCCGCUCGACAAGCUCGACACUGCCAUCGCCUAUGAGCUGCCAGAGCUUGUUGGCAAAUACAAGAAGCGGUUACAAAGCAUUGUCUCCAAAAAACCGAGCCAUUAGAUCUACCUAUCCCACUUUCAUCUUCAUUAACGAAGUGCCUUUUUACUUGAAACCCUGCCUUUUAAAGUAACCUUUUCGUAGCGAUAGAAUCCUAAUUAAAUAUUUGUGAAGGAGGACCCAAAAAAAAGUUACAGAAACAAAAUCGAGUGCUCUUCCUUAUGGAUCUGAUUGUCUGUUCAUCCUUAAGCUGGAUCAUAUCUUUGGCUGACGCUCAAGUCUGUUCCAACGUCAAAAUGGGAAGUGGCGGAGCUUAGAUUAGAAGAAAAUGUAAAUGAAAUAGGCCAAACCAGUGAACAAAUCCCAUUACUUGAAGGUGAUUCCCCCGUCGCCAUUGCGGGUGAUACGUGCAGAAAAAACCACGAAUACACAAGGUCUACUGAAUAAAAUGAAUAAGUACUUA